AAGAAAAGGAGAAGCAAAAUAUUCCGGUUCCGUUAUAUAAAGACCCGUAACUGGGAUUAAAUGAUGGGACUGGUUUAGUGCACCGUUAAGAUGAUGAUGAUGAAGAGGGAGGUUGGAAGGAUGAUCAUCAUCUGAGCUUGUUUAGUUUGUGAUUUCAUCUUUGACUUUGAAGUCAUGACACAAUUAUCCCACCGAUCAUCAACAUUACCAACAAAAUGAAUGUAAACAAGGUUUUAAUUGUGAUUAUUAAUUUGACUGUUGUUUUAAUUGUCCAUGGAUCAACAACUGAUCAACAACAACCACCAGGAUAUUUUGCCUUUGAAAAAGCAACCAGAACUCAUGGAGUACCACCGCGUGUACUCAAGCCACCCUACCUUCCAGCCAAUGUCCCCUGUCCGGGAGCGAUUAAAAGUGAUUAUCGACUAUCACCUAAAGACACCCUUUGCGGUGAUUUAAAUAAAGGUUAUGUUCCAUUAAAUCCAAUGUUACAAACAAUUACUGGUCAACCUUAUCCUUUUGAGUUAAUUAAAAAUAAAACGUUACACUUUUUGGCCCGAUCUUUACCCUUUUUGAAACAAGACAUUAACAAUAUACCCAAAGUGGCUAAAAUACCAACCGAUACCAAAUUGGGAAUCAACAAUGAUUUUGUCCCUUCAAAUGUUGAUAAAGGAAUGAACAAUGGAAAUUAUGAUUACUCUGGAAAUCAUGUAAUCAAAAAACGAUCCUUGGCCAACUUCACCAACUUACGCUGGGACCUGCUAAGAGAGGCUAAAUUAGGUGGACAUGGAUUCAAUUACACCGAAGCAAGACAAAAAGUUUGUGAACAAAAUGAUGGAAUGUUGUGCCAAGUUAUGUCAGCUUUGGGUGGCGGAAGUCAAGUAUCAAGUGGCCUAUUAAACACGUUAAGCUCGGCAGCUCAGGUGAUGACGGCUGCCUCUAAUGCUGCAAAUACGGCUCAAAGUUUAAGCUCAUUGGCUUCAUUGAUUCAACAAUUCAGUGGUUCAGGAAGCACCAGUGGCAGUUCAUCAUCAACCAGUGGAUCAUCAACACCCUCUUCAGCCAGUUUAACCUCUCUUGGUUCAUCUGGUUCAUCUUCUUCUUCAUCAUCUGGUUCAUCCUCUUCCUCUUCUUCAGGUUCAUCUGGUUCCUCUGGAACCUCUGAAGUAUCCAAAUCAAUGUUUACCCAAGUUUUAUCCCUUCUAGCCUCACUUAAUGCCAACUCGGGUUCCACCUCGUCUCUGUCAACUACAACAAACAACUUCUCACCCCUUUCAGCAAUAGUUGACUAUCUGAUGAAUGUUAAUCCAACCGCAAUCUCAAGUUUACUUCCAGCCAGACGGAAGAAACCUCUUGAUUUUGAAGAUAUCGCCGCUGAAGCCAUGACAGUAUCACAAGUACCACCGACUCCAUGUCCCUCCAUUGAAGAGUAUGUUGCACCCGUUUAUGCUCGCAACUACCAAGGAGUCUGGAAAUAUGUUGUUCAAAUACCGCAUGAAGGUUACUUCACCCAAACUGUCCAAAAAACAUCUUGUGUUAAGGGUCGCUGUGACUUCAUGGAAGGUGUAUGUCAUGAAUCUCCUCGCUGGGUCAGCCUGUUGGUGGCUGAAAUAUUUUAUCCACAGCCAAAGUUUAACAAUCUAAUUGCCUCGCCAAGUGAGGUUAAAAGCUACACGGUCAACCCAAACAUGCAAGUAAUGAAUAAACCUAAACACCAGAAAACGGCAAAUCAUCAUGUAAACAUGGCUCAUCUCAACCAGAUGAAACAUUCCCUUCAUGGUUACACAAUGAAUCCAAUGAGCCACCAUUUAACCGGCAAUGGACAACCAAUGAGCUAUCCGGAGAUUGAUCAAUACCUGAACCGUAAAAUUGGUUAUCGAGAGGAGCCUUUUGUUACUGAUGAACACGGAAGACUGGCUAAACCUAGAAUGAUGAGGAUGUACAAUGAUGAAGAAAAGGCUCAAAUUGUUUCAUCAAGUCACUCGGCUUCUGCUCCAGCAGCUUCACCACCAUCACCACCAAGUUCAUCCUCGUCAACCUCAACAACCUCAUCUAAUCGUAAAACGGAGACAGUUAAAGAUGAAGAGUGUGAUGGCCAUGAUGCUGUCGGUUGUUACCAGAUGAGAGUCUAUUAUGAUUGGUUCCUAAUUCCUGGUUCAUGUAAAUGUUGGAAGAAAACGGCUUCCCAAGGAAGCAGCUUGGAUACUCUUAAAAAACUGUUCAUUGGAAAGUAACAAACGUUUACCGGUUUUACCCUUUCCUCUACUCUCACCUUUAAUUUAUUAAAUACGACAAUUGACUAAAUUGUUUACCAACCUAAUUAUUCAAUGCCGAUUACCUUCUCAAAUCAGUAUCAAGAGUAAUUAAGUUAAAUCAAAAUGAACCCACCUUUUGUAACCGUUUACUGUGUUUCCUGUUAUUCAACUUGAUCAACACUUUUGUUUCCCUCAACACUUUGUACAAAACACCAAACCUUACCAACAAUUUAAUUUUUCAAUGAUUUAUAAAUUUAAUUUUGAUUCUUCUUUUCAUACAAUUUACAACCUUUUUGUAUGAUUAUUGCUAAUUUAUAAAUUGGUUAACCUUUGUUUGAAUAAAUUGUUGUUAAACAGAGAAA